AUGGUAUCGAGAUUUGAUUUUGGCGGUACACAAAAAGCACUGACGGCUCCGACUCGUUUCUGUGAGGGCGGUCACAAGUGUUCAGUGCCUAAAGAGUGUUGCCUUCAAGGCUGCUGUUAUUUAUAUACUCCUCCGGGUCCUCCAAGGUCGCCUGCUCCAAGCGCAGAUCAUGUCCUCAGCUUAUUCUUUGUUAACCACUGGUACUUCUGGUGCGUGGUUGCCGCAUUGGUGCUCGCCCUGCUCUGCGCGUGUUCGCUCUGGCGUAGGCGACGCGCGUUGUGCGGUUGCCGGGACUGGCACGGCGGUGGCCUUGGCGGCGGUGAUGAGCGCUCGGAGCCGGACUCCGUCGGCUCGUGCUAUCCUCCGCCGCAGUAUUCGAGAUGCGGCAGUUUCAGGCGCGCUCCACCACCUUACACAGAGGUGACCUCGAAACCGGACUUAUAUCCCUUGGUGUUCAGCUAUACCGGCGAGGCUGGCGGCAAAGGGGGCGCGGCGAGCUACCUCAUGGUACAAUAUUUCCGGAAUUACAUCGUGAGGCCCGCAGGAUCUCUCUCAGCGACAAGCACCGUAGAUUCGUUGAGUUCGAGUCUUUUAUGCAAUGCAAAUAAUGAAGCUAAUACGCUGAUUCCUCCGCCUUAUUCGAGGGCUACCAGUCCGGCCGGAAUGACCGGAAUAAGCAGUCGCGCGACGACGCGCAGCGUAACGCCCGCGCUGUUGCCGCGGUCGGCCAGCACGGCUUUGGUAGCACGCGGCGACCACAAUCGCGUGCCUGCGACCAUACGCACUUCUGGCAGCGCUAACUUCCGCCUGCCGACGAUGGGAAAUUGCAGAUCCGACUACAGCCUGACUGACAACGUAAGCACUAAUGCGGAUUACGCAAGCAGUAACCGCGCGAUGUACGAUGACAGUCGAGAUUCAGUAAAUUCGCUCAGCCGAAGCGAACGGAGUGUAAUAGCGGCAAGUCUGGACGAAGAGGCCGACGAAUUGCGCCGCAGUUUGGAUGCAUGCUGCAAAAUACUACAGCGGCAGCAGCAACAUCAGGCCAUAACAGCACCUGCUCCGAGCAGAGCUGACUCGCAGGAUACGCAACGAUCUUAUGGAAGUGCUGCGAAUAGCUUCACAUCCGAAGUUAGUAGUCUGCUACAAUCGAGUGGUAUGCAGGAUUCACCUCCACGGGCUACCAGUCCAACAAUGGAAGUCCGCGAUCUUCUGGACAAAAUAAAACGUCUGCAGGAGGACGCACUGACCUCCGCAAGUAGUUCGGGAGCAGGAUCUUCCGCAGUGACAGCUUCACAACCGUUACAAAGGCCUAGCACAUUUGCCCAAUUGAGACGGAAGCGUUGCUUUGACAAAAGUGCAAAAGCAUUGUAUGCACCUUUACAUACAGCAGCCACGCCAGGUUGCGUGAGAUCAACAGGCCGUCCCGGUUGGCUGUCCCGAUCAGCCCCAGCGACUCCUGGAACGAUCGCCGACGCCAGCCCCCUGCUCGCCGAGCCACGGGACGAUGGAGAAAUGUUGUAGAUAAAUGAAUUGAAAUGAUAUAUUGAGAUCAGCUCACAAAGCGUGAUUAUUUUUAUAGUGCGAUAUAUAGGCUUAAAUAGCAACGUGCCACGGACGAGGUGCCAAUUGAUUCAUUUGCAAACCAAAAGAAAAUUAACGGUAGCAAGUAUGGUUUCUUUAAUUCAAAUAUUUUACGCGAAAUCCAGAACUUAUAGAAAGAAACUAUAUUGCUUAUAUCUAGUGUAGAUAUAUAACUUAUAUUAUGGUCGUUUGCAUUCAAACUAAAAUGUGAACCAAACGUGAUAAAUUUUAGAAACGAAAGAUAAUAUUAUUUAUUAUAAUAUAGUAAUGCGGGCAAUAAUGACUACUGAAACGUAAUCGAAUUAAUAAUGGUCUAAUAUAUUGAAUAGAAUAUUCGGGAUGUAUAAGUAAGUAUUUAUGAUAUAAUCACAGGUGGCCAAUUAUGUACCUUUCAAGAUUAUUUUGAUGUUACAAAUAGAAUUAUUUACACAUUCAAAGUUUACUAGUCUAUUUCCAUAUAUGUUAUGUUUGAAAUGUAAAUACGAGAGAGUUAAUUUACUACAUUCUGCUUCAAAAAUUGGUAUAAAAACGCUCACACUA